CCGAAUUGUGAACUGUCAUAUUUCCCGAUCCCAUGAAUAUACCUACAUAGCUAAAAAUUUAGUUCGUUCAUAUUAUUAUUUCUAAAUUAACACACUAAAAUGGCUAAGAAAACAUACGAUUUACUAUUUAAACUUCUUCUCAUUGGCGACUCCGGUGUGGGUAAAACUUGUAUAUUGUUUAGAUUUUCAGACAAUCAUUUUACAACGACAUUUAUAUCUACUAUCGGUAUUGACUUUAAAAUAAAAACAGUAGAGCUGCGUGGCAAGAAAAUUAAACUUCAGAUUUGGGAUACGGCUGGCCAGGAGCGGUUCCACACGAUCACGACGUCAUAUUACCGGGGCGCGAUGGGUAUAAUGCUCGUGUAUGAUAUAACAAAUGAAAAAACAUUUGAUGACAUUGUUAAAUGGUUAAGAAAUAUAGACGAGCACGCUAAUGAAGACGUUGAAAAGAUGAUAUUGGGCAACAAAUGCGAUAUGGAAGAUAAGCGGGUCGUGAGCAAGGAGCGCGGCGAGGCGAUAGCGCGCGAGCACAGCAUCCGCUUCAUGGAGACGUCUGCGAAGGCCAACAUCAACAUCGACCGCGCGUUCUCCGAGCUGGCGGAGGCCAUCCUCGACAAGACGGCGGGCCGGGAGGCGGACGCCGACCACGCCCGCAUUGCCGUCGAGCGCCGCCCUUCACGCGCGCCGCCCGCACGCGCCUGCUGCUCCUAAGCCACCACGCUCGCCACACAUCACACUCGCCACACUCGUCACACUCGCCACGCUCGCCACACGAUGGCAAAACAUCUAUUAUC